AUGAUCUACGAACUCCGUGUCUACACCACCAUUCCUGGCCGGUUGCCCAACCUGCUGGCGCGGUUCGAGAACCACACGCUCAGGAUCUGGGAGAAGCACGGCAUCCGGCAAUUGGGUUUCUGGACAACCCUCGUCGGCCCCGACGCCAACGACCUCACGUACAUGCUGGCCUGGGAGUCGCUGGCCGAGCGCGAACAGAAAUGGAACGCCUUCUUCAACGACCCCGAGUGGAUCGAGGCCCGGGCCAACAGCGAAAAGGACGGCGCCAUCAACGCCAAAGUCGCCAGCAGUUUCUUGGUCCCGACAAAGUUUUCGGCCAUUCAGUGA